AAAAGCUCAAAGCAAUUAUAAAAAGAAUUAAAACAAAUAAAUAAUAAUAAUAAUAAUAAUAAAAAAUAAAAAUAAAAUUUAUAAACAAAUCUCAACUUGAGUCAUAUUUCAAGCUAAUACAACUCUGCCCCAUAGAUAGGGUAUUCUUUUGUGAAAAUAUAGUUUUAUCACUUAUUUACAUUUCCAAACUGAAAGAAUAGUAGAGAGCUAAGCCAUAUACAUACAUACAUACAUAUAUACAUAUGUAUAUGUAUAUAAUUUGUUCUGUCACAAGUUCAAGUUUGAAGCAUUUGAAGGCCACGCCUAGGCACAGAGGCUGAGAGCAGGAGUGGGAAGUACGUGUCGUUCAGUUGUUGUGGAACCAGCAAGCCGAGAGCAGCCACGAUGGACAGCAAUGAGUUUAUUGACUUUGACAUAGGCGCGCCGUGGGGCCACAUCGCCUGCCGCUGGUACGGCAGCCGUCAGGUGCGUCCGCUGCUCGCCAUUCACGGCUGGAUGGAUAAUAUGGGCAGCUUUGCACGUCUUGUCCCAUUGCUGCCCGGCCAUCUGGGCGUCCUGUGCAUCGAGCUGUCUGGCCACGGUCGCUCCUCGCCGUAUCCGGCUGGCAUGCAGUACUCCGUCAUUGAGUGGACCAGCAUCAUUCGCUGCGUGGUGUUGCAUUUCAAGUGGAAGCGCGUCUCGCUGAUGGGCCACUCGUUUGGGGCCAUCGCCUGCAAUCUGUAUGCCUCGUUCUAUGGCCGGGAUCACGUGGAUAUGCUGAUUGCCAUCGAUCUGCUGACCAUACCCUACAAGAGCAGCAGCUUCUACAUCAACUACCUGGCCAACAGCGUGGAGCGCAUGCUCACGCCCACGCCAGCGCCCAAGCUGUAUACCGCGGAUCAGCUGAAGAACGCGCGCUGGGGUCCAGCUCCCUCGAUCAGCAAGGAGCAAGCUCAUCCACUGAUCAAUCGCUGCGUGCGGCAAGCGCCCGAUCAGCCCGAAAAGUUCUACAUAUUCCGCGACUCGCGCCUCAUCCACCACUCGCUCUUCCCACCCGGCACCGGGCUGGUGAGGGAGCUGAAUCGGCGCAUACGCAACAUACCGUACAUGGUCAUCAAGGCAAGCAACUCCAACUUCAUCAACGACGGCUUCAUACCGACCUUCGAGAUUCUGCGCAAACAGAAUCCCGCCUUCGAGUAUCAUUUGGCACAGGGCCCUCACCACGUGCUCAUCAGCGAUCCCCAGCAGCUGGCUGCCUGGAUUGUGCCAUUCAUAAACAAGCAUCGACCGCCCACUCGAUGGGAGCAUCCAGGCGAGCUGAAUGUGAUCAGCAAGCUAUAAAGCCUUCAAGAAUUGAGCUUAACAUUUCAUUCUCUUUUCGACACAAGUUCUGGGAAUACACAUAAAUAUCUUAAAUAUUCCAAUUGAUAUUAAUAUUAUAGUUUAUAUGUAUAUACGAAUAGCAA